AAAACUUGAUGGUGGAGUGGGAGUUAGUAAAUGAGGAUAUCAAAGAAGUUAUGUAUAGAGACGGAAAGCAGAUUGAUGGAGUGCUAGAUUUAAGCUAUGAAAGUCUACCCUAUUAUUUGAAGCCUUGCUUUCUCUAUAUGGGUAUAUUUAACGAGGACGAAACCAUACUUGCUUUAGAUCUAUAUAAGAUGUGGAUAGCACAAGGCAUGAUUUCAUAUGAGAAUAUUGGAGACAAGGAGGAAAGUUUAAUGCACAAGGAGGAAAAUUCAGUUUGCUUAUGAUGUCGCAAAUCGAAAUAGAAAAUAUUAAGCAUGCAAACUUCAUGACGUAGUACGAGAACUAUGUUUGAAAAUGGGGAAAAGGGAGGAUUUUGGCGUGCGGAGUAUGGAGUAUCAAGGUGGGAAGCUUAGUACCUUACUAAAGGAAGCUUCCUCACAUAUGAAAAUACAACAUUUGGCUAUCCAUUUCAUAAGUGAAGUCGAACACGAGCGUACAGUCGCUUGCUGCGAAGAUAGUAGCAAACAUACGAGGUCUCUUCGAUGAUCUAAUCUCAUAGGAUCGAAUGUUGUUGAGUUUCCCAAACAAAGUAUAGUUGAUUUUCAGAAAUUUAAAUUGCUGAGAGAUAUUGUUAUCGUGAGAUUCAAAUUUGCAGGAGGAAAGUUACCGAGAGGAAUCACUAAUCUUGUUCACCUUCGAUGUUUGCGUUUAGAAGCAUGUGAAAUGGAUAAGCUACCGUCAUCCAUGAGGAAAUUGGUGUACAUGGAUACCCUUGAUUUAACAAAUUCAAUGAAUGUUGAAGUUCCAAAUGUUUUUAAGGAGAUGUUGAGAUUAAAACACUUGACUUUACCUGUCUUUGGAAAUGAAAAAGUUGGAAAUUAUCGAGUAAGAUUGGAUGAAGGAUUAGAUGGAUUGGAGACUCUACUACUUGUUGAUAGUAGAUAUCAUGAAAUUAAAUGUAUGGACAAAAUGAAGAAUCUCUGACAUUUUGUAGCAAGAAUACACGAUGAAGUAAGCUUGUCAGUUAUAAUGAAUGCCAUUACAAACUGGAACAAGAUAGUGGAUUGCCAAGUUUCUAUAGAAGCCAGUUGCGAUUUAACAAGUGAGAAAACUCUGGAGAAAGCUUUCACGUGUCCCAAUCUUCAUGCAUUGGUGACUAGGUCCAAGUUAGGGAAGGCGCUACCAGAGUGCUGGAGUGACUUGGUUAGUUCGAAACUUAGGUUUUUGGAUCUGUUUGAAUCCAAGAUUGAGGAUGAUCCAAUGGGUACACUAGGAAAGCUUCCUUGCUUGAUAAGAUUGCGACUAUAUUGGGAAUCAUUUGUUGGGGAGAAGGUGACGUGUACAGUAAACAGUUUUCUUCACCUCAAGAGGCUAACUUUAAGAGGUUUACCAAUGUUGAGGGAGUGGAGAGUGGAGGCAGGAGCCAUGCCCCUUCUCUCUCUAUUAAGGACCGCAGAGUGUUCUUCUUAGGAGAUGGUCCCAGAGGGAUUGAGUAGCAUUUCUACCCUUCAGACACUUGUAAUUGAAGGAAUGCCAGAAUUGAGUGAAAGGGUAUCACCAUCUGGACAGGAUUUCCACAAAGUUCGCCAUGUCCCUUCAAUUCUUAUUGAGGACCAGUCUUCCCCCAGGUGGUUUCAGAGGAACAAAGGAAGAAGGCGACUCCACUUGUGACUCCUCUGAUUCACACUUCAGAGUACUUUCUGGCUGAGAGAUCUUCUAUCUCCUUACCUAACCUCAGUGGCAGACAUUUGCUACGAUUGUUGAAGGCAAUUCAUGCUUUUGAGGCUGAAACAGAUGAGGAACCGAGCCUAGCAGUGGGAAAUUUUGGUGUUUUCCGGAAGAUGGGAUGGAAGAUGGAAGAUGGGAAGAUGGAAGAUGGGAAGAAGAAAAGCUUAAGCCUCAAUUACAGAGUUAGCAGUCGUUUCCUAGAAGCGAAGCGACUGAGGCAGUGGUGUCGAUUGCAUUAGAAACCAUCCGUGAUUUGCUAUCGGAAGAGGGAAGGUUUUUAUCUGGUGUGGGCUAUCAAGUGAAAGAGCUCGAGAGGCAGCUCAUAGAGAUGAAGUGUUUCCUCCAAGACGCUGAUAAAAGACGACAUGAAAGCAGAACAAUCUCCAAUUGGAUCUCGGAGAUCAGAGAUCUGGUCUACAGAUCCGAAUCCGCCAUUGAAAGACACGCAGCUUAUCAAGUUUAUUCAAGGAGAAGAGGCCUCAAACAGUUCGUCCGCAAAUAUUCCUGCAUUUUGACAGAUUGCUUCUCACUCCACCAAUUAGCCUCCGAGAUUUCACAAAUUACAUCGAAUCUGGAGAGGAUAAGCAAGGAUAUGCAAAAAAACGGCAUAAAAAGAAGCAUAAUCAUCAAUCCAAAUGGAGAGGGGGAAACCUCGGGUGGAAACAACAUGUCAAGGAAGACUUUCCCCAAUUUUGAGAUGGGAGAUUGCUUCGUAGGCAUGGAGGAUGAGCUGAAGCAGCUUGUUCAAUUCCUAGGGCAAGAAACAGAGGAUCGGAUUAUAUCAGUGUGGGGAAUGGGAGGGUCAGGCAAGACCGCCAUUGCAAAGAAGCUCUACAACGAGACGACCGACUUUGAUCUGUCGGCGUGGGUUUGCAUUACUCAGCAAUGUGAGAGUCGAUCAGUUUUGGAGGAUGUUCUGAGGCAGCUAGAGAAGAAGAGGAGUGUUUCAAGUCUGAACGACGAGCCACGAGUAAGGGAGGAGGUUCCGAAUCUGAGCAACUCAGAGUUGAUAGAGAGACUGUGUGAGAUACAAAGAGAGAAGCGAUGUCUCAUAGUUUUUGAUGAUGUUUGGGAACUUUCUCAUUGGGAGGAGUUGAAGCAUCCAUUCAUUGUCCAAAAUCUGCGGAGCAAAAUAUUGGUGACAACACGGAAACAAAAAGUUGCAGAGAUUGGAUUGGCAGUGGAGCAUGGCCUCUUACAUAUGGAUGCUGCUUUGGAACUACUCAAAAUCAAAGCAUUUCGGCGUGGAAAUAUUCCAGACUUUGCAUUGGAAGAAGAAUUUGAAAAAAUUGGGAAAGAAAUGGUGCAGAAAUGUGGGUAUUUGCCAUUGGCAAUUUGUUUACUCGGUGGGGUUUUGAGAGAGAAAAAAUCGAUUUUUGAGUGGGAAUCAGUAAAUGAGCAUAUCAAAGCAGCCAUAUAUGGAGAUGAAAAGCAGAUCGAUGGAGUGCUUAAUUUAAGCUAUGAAAGUCUACCCUAUUAUUUGAAGCCUUGCUUUCUCUUUAUGGGUGUUUUUAACGAGGAUGAAAACAUAGUUGCUCUGAAUCUAUGUAAGAUGUGGAUAGCACAAGGCAUGAUUUCAUAUGAGAAUAUUGGAGACAAGGAGGACACUUUAAUGGACAUCGCUGAUCUGUACUUAAGUGAGUUAGCCUCCAGGUCCAUUGUUCAAGUUGAAAUUAAUCUUGAUUAUGGUGUCGGAAAUAAAAAACAUGGUACAUGCAAACUUCAUGAUGUAGUAAGAGAACUAUGUUUGAAAUUGGGAAAAAGAGAGGAUUUUGGUGUGCUGAGUUUGGAGUAUAAAGGUGGGAAACUUAGUACCUUACUACGGGAAGCUUCCUCACAUAUUAAGAUACACCAUUUGGCAAUCGAUUUCAGAAGUGAAGUCGAGCACGAGCCUACAGUCGCUUGUGGAGAAGAUACCAGCGAGCAUAUCAGGUCUGUUCGGUUAUCCAAUUGCAUAGAGUCGAACGUUGUUGAGUUCCCCUCACAAAGUAUACCUGAUUUUCAGAAAUUCAAAUUGCUUAGAGAACUAGUUAUCGUGAGAUUCAAAUUUGCAGGAGGGAAGUUACCGAAAGGAAUCACUAAACUAGUUCACCUUAGACGUUUGCGUUUACUACAAUGUGAACUUGAUAAGCUACCCUCAUCCAUGAGGAAUUUGGUAUAUAUGGAUACCCUUGAUUUGAGGUUUUCAAAGAAUGUUGAAGUUCCAAAUGUUUUUAAGGAGAUGUUGAGAUUAAAACACUUGAUUCUUCCUAUCUGUGGAGAUGAAAACAUUAGAAAUUAUCGACUAAGAUUGGAUGAGGGAGUAUAUGAGUUGGAGACUCUAGUAUGCUUUGAUAGUAGAUAUCAUGAAUUCAUACGUAUGGACAGAAUGAAUAAUCUCCGAAGUUUUAUGGCAAGAAUACACGAUAAUGAAAGCUUGUCAGCUAUCAUGAAUGGCAUUAAGAACUGGAAAACGAUAAGCGAUUCUAGUGUUUGGAUUGAAGGAAGUUGCGACUUAACAAGUGAGCGAAUGCUGGAGAAGGCUUUGACAUGUCCCAAUCUUUAUGAGUUGGGGAUUAGGACUAAGUUAGGGAAGGCGCUAACAAAGUGCGGAAAUGAUUUGCUGAGCUCGAAAAUUAGGUGUUUGGAUCUGUAUGGAUGCGAGAUUGAGGAUGAUCCAAUGUGGAUACUGGGAAAGCUUCCUUGCUUGGUACAAUUGGGAUUACAUCGGAAAUCAUUUGUUGGGAAGGAGAUGAGGUGUCCAGCAAACAGUUUUCUUCGCCUGAAGAAGCUAACAUUAAAAGGUUUGCCAGAGUUGAGGGAGUGGAGAGUGGAGACAGGAGCCAUGCCCCUUCUCUCCCAAUUAAAGAUCAAAGAGUGUUCUUGUUUGGAGAUGAUUCCAGAGGGAUUGAGUGGCAUUUCUACCCUUCGGACUCUCGUAAUUAAACAAAUGCCAGAAUUGGGAUUAAGGGUAUCACCAUCAGGACAGGAUUUCCACAAAGUCCGCCAUGUCUCUUCAAUUAUCAUCAAGGACUAGUCUUCACCCAGGUUUAAUUUCUUCCCCUUCUUGCUUCUGUCUCGUCGUUGCAUUUCUCGAGUGUUCCUCUUUGUACUCCUCUCUCUGGCAGGGAAAUCCUUCCUAGUUACGAUGUGUUUGUGCAUAAGUAAUUGUUUGGAAUCGUGGUAAUUUGAAGUUGUGUAGUGUUGGUUAAUAAGAUAUUUUAUUUGAAAUGAUGUUGUGUUUGAAUUGAAAUUGAUGGUUUGUAAUAACUCAAAUGUUGAAAUUGAAGAAUUCAGUAUGUGUUUGCAUUGAAUUUGGCUUGUAUUGAAUUGCUCGAUUAAUCAUUGUUUAAAGUCGAUCCAUUAGGAUCAUUGAACACUUAUACAAGGAAAUAUUAUUUUAUACUUUUAUAAGA